AUGUUCGCCCUCACCUCUCAGCUUGUCAUUGUCUCUCUCUUCUUCGCCAUGAGGCUGGCAACAACACCUGCGUUCGCAGCGCCGAUGCCGACAAUGUCACCGUCCUCGGCCUCUGUCACGACUCUCGUAGUCCCCGACGCACACUCUUCACCGUCACCGAUCCCCAACCAACGACUAUCCCUUUCGUCUGCAGCCGAUGGGACGACGAACUUGACACGGGUAUCCAUCAACGACGUCAUCUUCCGUUCAAAGGCGCAGGACCAGGUAUGGAAGGAGAGGCGGAUCACUGAGCGAGCGAAAAAAGCGUCGUAA